CAAUCCCUUGGCUUAGUCAUAAAAUACAUCAUCGGGCUCUGACGCACACUCCUGGCGUGUGGCUAGAUUUAUUUGGGACCCCGCCAAAGCUUAUCUACUAUCGGCAACAGGGAAAAACGAAAUGCUUCGACUUUCCAUUUUGUGCUUGAUAAUCAGCGAAUCCUGACCAACAUCCUCUUCUCUCUCUCCCCCGUCUCACCGUUUGCCUCCUCUUGAAUUACAAAAAGUGCACUUCAAAAGGGCACAUAUCCUCUGUUGACAUCCAUCACUCUGCAAAGACUGUUCAUACUUUUCUCAAAACCGACCCCGCCACCACCGCAAAUAUGUCAGCCACCAACCCCUACGAUGAGGACAUCUCCGACGAAGAGCCCGCCAUGCUCGGUGAGGAUGAGGCCCUCGAGGAAAUCGCGGGUGAAGACGACACAGCCAUGGACUCCGGCGAUGACGGGGGCGACGAUGCCGGCGAGGACGCAGACGGCGACCAAGCCAUGGAAGAAUACACUCUCCACAACGACAGCGUCGGCCACUUCGACAACUUCCGCGACUCGAUCUUCUGCAUCGCUGCCCACCCCAUCGUCCCCUCCCUCAUUGCCACCGGCGGCUCCGACGGCGACGACGCAGGCGGAAUCGGAUACCUCUUCGACUCCACCCCCGCCGACUCCCCCGUCCUCCCCGAAAGCUACCAGACCCAACCCGCUGAGCGUAUCGAGCGCAAGGGAAUCGACGCCAUCUCUACCCUAGACGGCCACACCGACUCCAUCAACGCGCUCACCUUCACGCUCCCCUCCGGCGCGGCACUGCUCUCCGGUGGUCUCGACGGCGCUCUCCGCGUCUGGGUCCCAUCAACCCCCUCUAACCCCCUCUCCCCCUGGACCCUCCUCACCUCCGCCACAGAAGUCGACGAGAUCAACUGGCUCUCCGCAUCCCCCUCCCCAGACCACCCCAACACCUUCGCCCUCGGCGCCGCCGACGGUUCCGUCUGGGUGUACACCGUUGACACCUCCGCGCCUGCCGCCGACUCCCUAACAAUCAUCCAAACCUACUUCGCUCACACGACCCCCUGCACCGCCGGCGCCUGGUCCUCCGACGGCAGCGUCCUCGCCACCGUCUCCGAAGAGGGUAGUCUCUACGUCUGGGCCCCCUUCAGCGACACCAGCUCCCAAGCCAUCGUCUCCCUCACCGCAGCCGACGCGCGCUUCGCCGUCGAAGGCGGCCUCUUCAGCGUCGCCAUCGCCCCAACCGGAUCGUACGUCGCUGUCGGCGGCGCCGGCGGCGCAAUCAAGAUCGUUGGGCUCCCAAAGCCCGGCGCUGCGCCAGCGAAGGGCAAGAAGGCUGGUGGACCUGGUGGAGCGACGCAGGCGGGUGUUAUUCUUGCGGAUCUGCGCGCGCAGUCGGAUAGUGUGGAGAGUUUGACGUUUGCGGCGCCGCCGUCGACGGUUAUGGCGGCGGGGAGCGUGGACGGGAGUAUUGUGCUGUUUGACGCGGCGAGGAGGUUUGCGGUGAAGAGGCAUAUUAGGGAGGCGCAUGCGGAGGAUAGUGUGGUGCAGGUGGCGUUUAUGUCGAGGGAUCCGAAGAUUUUGGUUAGUAGUGGGAUGGAUGGGGUGGUGAGGAGGUGGGAUACUGGGGGUGCGGGGGUGGGACAGAGUGGGUUGGUGGGAGAGUGGAGGGGGCAGGGAGGGGGGGUGUUGGCGUUUGUGGGUAGUGGAGGUAGGGUGGUGACGGCGGGGGAUGAUGGAGUUUCGUUGGUUUUUGAGGAGAAGUAG